ACCCAUCAGAGCAUCGCGUGGCAUUCCACGUAUGUCGUAUAGUCAGUUUUUCCUGUGUAGAGAGGAAUUAGCUGACCUAUACUCCAAGAUGUCUUUGGCAUAUCCUCGGAUGACAGCGAUCGCUGCACCGACAGAUAAGAUAGUGAACUACUUGCCGCCCCCUUUGCUCUCGGAGCAGGGCUUUAAAAGGAGCGCUUUACACAGAGUGCUGUAUCCGCUCUGACAGUCCACUGACCGGCCGACCGACAUGUCUGCAGACUUCUCGAACGCAACGGAGAGACCUGAGGCUUGUAAAGCGGAAGUAAAGGGAUGCAUUCCCAGCUGGCUGAGGGGAACACUGUUGAGAAAUGGCCCCGGGAUCUUUUCUGUGGGUGACACCAGUUAUGACCACUGGUUUGACGGGUUGUCGCUCAUUAACAGUUUCUCUUUCAGUGAUGGUGAAAUGACCCACAGAAGUAGGUUCCUCAGAAGUGACACCUACAAAGCAAACAUGGCAGCAAACAGAAUAGUUGUGUCUGAAAUGGGGACAAUGGCCUAUCCGGACCCAAGCAAAAACUUCAUUGUAAAGGCAAUUACCUUUCUAAACCAUACUGUGCCAGAUUUCACUGACAAUGGUGCAAGCAAUAUCAUUAAAUAUGGAAACGAUUACUUUGCCACUUCUGAAACCAACUACAUCCGCAAGAUUGACCCUGUUACUCUGGAAACCCAAGACAAGGUUGACUACCAGAAGUACGUAUCUGUUAACUUGGCUACGUCCCAUCCUCACUAUGACAAGGAGGGAAACUCCUACAACAUUGGAACUUCAAUUGCAGAGAAGGGCAAGACAAAAUACACGCUGUUCAAAGUUCCUGCUGUUUCAGAGAAAGACAAAGGCAAGAAAAUCCCUGCACUGAAGAACGCAGAGGUGAUCUGCGCUGUUCCUUGCCGCUCUCUCCUCACGCCUAGCUACUACCACAGCUUCGGCAUGACGGACAAUUACAUCAUCUUCAUCGAGCAGCCUUUAAAGCUGGACAUCUUGAAGAUGACUACUGCCUACAUGAGGGGAGUGAACUGGGCAAGCUGCCUGAAGUUCUGUCCUGAGGAAAAGACUCUGAUCCACCUGAUUGACAAGAAGACUGGCAAAGUGGUUGAUAUCAAGUACUGCACUGAAGCAACAGUCGUCUAUCAUCACAUAAAUGCUUUUGAGGAUGAUGGUCAUGUGGUCUUUGAUGUCAUCGCCUACAACAAUAACUCGCUUUAUGAUAUGUUCUACAUGAGCAAGCUGAAGGAAAAGGCUGGUUUCCAUGUUAGCAACUACAGCAAACCAAGUUACAAAAGAUUUGUACUUCCCACCCAGUGUGACAAGGGUGUAGCAGUUGGGGAGAACCUGGUGAAACUCAAGUACACAACAGCCAGUGCUGUGAAGGAAAAAGAAGGCAAACUUAUAUGCCAGCCUGAGGUGCUCUGUGAAGCAGGUUUUGAUUUACCCAGAAUUAAUUAUGACUUUAACGGGAAGAAGCACCAGUUUGUCUACGGAAACAUGGCAAAGGAAUCUGUGCUGUCAAAUGAGGUUUUAAAGUUUGACACAAUCACUAAGGAGACUGUUUGCUGGAGUGAAGACAACUGCUGGCCUUCGGAGCCUGUGUUUGUUCCCAGACCAAACGGAGAGUCAGAAGAUGAUGGAGUGGUUCUAGUAUCAGUCACCACCUCCAACCCGGGCCAGUCGGGUUACAUCCUGAUCCUUGACGGCAAAACAUUCAAGGAAGUAGCUCGAGCGAAUGUACAAACUGCGCUCCGCAUGGAUAUGCACGGACUUUUUAUCCCAGAACAGAAUUAAAUCAGCUUGUUGACAUGUUCAGUAAAUGCCUUAAAUGCCUGUAAAAUGUAUAUUUUCCAUGAUCUAGUCUCAUUCUUCAUCAUAGCAGCCACUCCUACAUCACUUUCUCUUCUGAACCUUUCUGUUUGAUAUUCUGCUAACAGGCAUUCCCAGUAUUUAUAGCCCAGAUAUUGUCUUUGUACUACUGAAUAUUUUUGCUUUAAUCAUAAUGGCUUGUUUUGUAUUUCAUUUGGAUUCUCCAAAUUAUCUCUUACAUUCUAUAUAUAAGAUCAAAACUUUGUUUUUCUUACGUUUGUUAACAAAGAUAAAGAUUGAUUGAUUUAUGUGUAGUGCAGAAAAAAAAAUGGCAUUUUAAGUGCAUGUAAGUAAAUAUUACUGUUAUUAGACUGUUCUCGUUUCAUGAAAGACAUAACGUGA